AUGCAGACAAAGCGAUACAAGUCUAUUCUCAUCGAGUUUAUGGCGUUUAAAGCAGGACAUCCCUUCAGCACAGAUACUGUUUUCAGCAAGAGCGACUUACUGGAGGUCACCCCCGACGUUGUGUGCCGCUGGAUGAAUAUGCGUGCAUUUGGGGAAGAGACGCCUACGGAGGACGCCAAGCCAGUGAACACCAAGGCGUCCACCUUAGAGUACGCUAAGAAGGCACUCUCGUCCUUUAUGCCACGACGCACUGUACCAUGGGACCCCAUUUGCAAUGAGGGCAACCCAACCCGCUCUGAAUCAGUUUAUGCAGUGAUAAAGAAGGACAUUUUUGAAGGGCCCGACUUUCACAAGCUGAAGCCGGGAAAUUUAGGCACACAUUGUCUGAGAAAAGGUGCUGCUACGUAUGGCAGCAGGAGUGGUCUGCCCAAGGACUACGUCAACCGGCGUGGAAGGUGGCGUACACGGAAGAGCGUUGUCGACGUGUAUAUCGACAACACCCAACCGUAUAUGGAUGGUGUUGCUGCUGGGGCACUGACUGGCCCGCUUGGGCCAUGCUGUUACGUACUUAAAAAGGGUAUUCAUGCCGUUACGGAGGAGUUACUGGUCAAGCAAGUCGGACCCGCAAUUAAGGAAGCGAUGGGGGAGGAAGUUGUGAAGGUGCUCGCUCUGCCACUACUUUGGGCAUCUCUCGUCCCGGAUGGAAGUUUUGAUUACGACCUUCUUCCGAGUGUGCUCAAGCAACGCAUUGUACGAGCCUACAUCAACGCUGGAGAAAACGUUGCUGUGAAUCCCGUUGAGCGUGUGCCCUUACACGUUACCGGUGACGGUGCACAGCUUCGGCUUGUUGACAUUCGUGAUACCCCCACCGAUGGCAACGAGUCUGAGCAAACGCAUGGGACUCAGAGCAACAUGUCUGCGGACAGCACCCGUAAAGACCUGAGUUGA